GGGGCGCAGGCGGGGGCGGGGCGGCCAGGAGGCGGCGGCACGGGCUGGACCCACGCGGCGCGCGGCCCGCCCGGCCUGCAGCGCUCCCUCCCCGGCGGCGGCGGCACGAUGCCCUUUGACUUCAGGAGGUUUGACAUCUACAGGAAGGUGCCCAAGGACCUCACACAGCCCACCUACACCGGGGCCAUCAUUUCCAUCUGCUGCUGCCUCUUCAUCCUCUUCCUCUUCCUCUCGGAACUCACCGGCUUCAUCACGACAGAAGUUGUGAACGAGCUCUACGUCGAUGACCCGGACAAGGACAGCGGGGGCAAAAUUGACGUCAGCCUGAACAUCAGUUUGCCCAACCUGCACUGCGAACUGGUCGGGCUGGACAUCCAGGACGAGAUGGGCCGGCACGAGGUGGGCCACAUCGACAACUCCAUGAAGAUCCCGCUCAACAACGGGGUGGGCUGCCGCUUCGAGGGGCAGUUCAGCAUCAACAAGGUACCUGGCAACUUCCACGUGUCCACACACAGUGCCACGGCCCAGCCACAGAACCCAGACAUGACGCACAUCAUCCACAAGCUCUCCUUUGGGGAUACACUACAGGUCCAGAAUGUCCACGGAGCUUUCAAUGCCCUUGGGGGAGCCGACAGACUCAACUCCAACCCCCUGGCCUCCCACGACUACAUCCUGAAGAUCGUGCCCACGGUUUACGAGGACAAGAACGGCAAGCAGCGGUACUCCUACCAGUACACGGUGGCCAACAAGGAGUAUGUCGCCUACAGCCACACAGGCCGCAUCAUCCCCGCCAUCUGGUUCCGCUAUGACCUCAGCCCCAUCACGGUCAAGUACACCGAGAGGCGGCAGCCGCUGUACAGGUUCAUCACCACGAUCUGCGCCAUCAUUGGCGGGACCUUCACUGUGGCGGGCAUCCUGGACUCCUGCAUCUUCACAGCCUCCGAGGCCUGGAAGAAGAUCCAGCUGGGCAAGAUGCAUUGACACCCUCCAAGGACCCAGGGAGGCUGCCCGCCCUGCUCCGUCGCCCUGGCUCCUGCGGCCCUCUCCCGGCCCUGUCUGGCUUCCUCCCAGCCUGCGCGUGGGAGGCGGGGAGGCGAGAGUGGCUCGAGGUCCCGCAGCUACCUCUUUCCCCGUGUUUCAUUUUAGAUAAAUUACACUGCCUAGA